UAAACUUAGGGAAGUAGGGAUAUUUUGUAUUAAAAAUUUCUUUGUGAGACCUAAUACUCUCAGAAACAAGGCAGCAAAUCACCAGUAUAGAUUGCUAAUGAAUGUCAAGACGGAGAUGGUUGAGGUUAAUGAUGUUAGGUUUUUGAGAGAAAUGUUUGACUUCAAGCCCUUUGGUGAAAUAUCACAAUAUGAAAAUGUUGAUGAUUCAUCAUUCUUUGAUGUCAUUGGUGUGAUAACCGGACCUGGUAGAGUUAUCUCUCAAUCUAAGUAUAGAUUGAUUGAGAUUGAAAUAUCUGAUGAGAAUCACAACAAACUAUUUUGCACAAUAUGGGAGUCAAAUGUUGACUUAUACCUGGAUCAACUGAAAAAGAGUGAAGGAACAAUUCCAAUUGUUAUUAUUCAGUUUUGCAAGCGCAAUCUAUUUAGAGGUGAAAUUCGCAUUUCUACACAUUUUCAAGCUUCUAAGGUUGUGAUCAAUGCUGAUGUUAAAGAAGUGAAAGAUUUUAGGAUGAGAAUAAGAGAUGAUAGCAGAUUUCUUCAGCAAGGUUCUGUCAUUGAAGGAGGACAAAGGCUUGGUGGUGAAUAUGAUGAUCUACAAGUGAAGUCCCUUGAGGAUUUGUCUUGCCUAGAGUUUAUUUCUUUUUGUGGUUCACAGGAAGGUUCAUGUUGGGUGUAUGGUAAAAUUGAGUCAGUUGAGUGUCAUUAUGGUGAAUGGUAUUUUUUGGCGUGUAAGACUUGUGUUAAGAAGGUCAGAGAAGUGGAUAAUAAAUUUAACUGUUCUGGAUGUACAAAAACUCAUUCUUAUGCAGUUAAAAGGUUCAAGUUUGUGGUGAAUGUUGUUGAUCAUACCAGCAAUGCAUCUUUGUUAUUGUGGGAUAGGGAAGGCAGCCAACUUUUAGGGAGAAGUGUGACAGAUUUUUUAGGAAAUGGUGGUCAGCAGGUUGCUCCUAAGAAUUCCAUUCCUGCACUUAUUGAAGAGAUUCUUGUGGGUCAGAAUGUCCUAUUUAAACUUCAGUUGAAAAAUCAUAUUGAGUAUUACAGAAGUUACCCAUUUACUGUGAACAAAGUUUGUAAUCUCCCUGAAGUAGUUGACAAGUAUACACCUAAAGACUUGGGUGAACAGAUUUUUAAAUUUGAUACCAAGUUAUCUGAUCUACUUUUUGGAGCUGAUCUUGCUGAGGUUUCUCAAAAGCCUUAUGCUACAACUGAUCUGUCCAGCCUUGGUAAUGAGAAUAUCAGUGACUUAUUUGUUGAAGGAUCUGAAUUAAAUGUUGGAGUUGUUGUUGCUGAGGGUUCUCAGAAAGUGUUUGAUACACCUAAUCUGUCUACUGUUUCUAAUGAUAAAAAUCAUGGAUGGGGUGCUGAAGGCUCAGUAAAGCGAUGCUUGGAUUUAGAAUUUGACAGAUGUGCUGAUGUUGGUGAAGUUCAGAUGAAGAAGAAAGAGAAAAUUGCUGGUUCUAAUUAGAUGGGCAAUCAUGCUUGGUGUUUAUGAUUUCAAGUGUUUUUUUUUUUUUUUUGCAGCUUAAAAGAAUUCUCAUCCUAUGUUUUGUUGUGUUGGAAUUGGAUUUUGGCACUGAACUUGACAAUUUUUUGAUGUUGUUAGGGCAUGUGCAUGUUUUCCAUGUAGUCAAGUUAGGAAGAUUGAUUUUUAUCAAGAAUUUUUAUUGUUGAGCUA